AGGCACUCUUCACAACUCCACCCCUUGGGUGAAGUGUGACUUCAACUACAGCAUGCUGAACGCUCCAACUCCAAAAGACCAAGUGAGUGUGAGAGAGAGAGCGGGUGAGCAAGUGCGAGAGAGAUAGAGAAAGAGGGAGGGUGCUUCACCACUUUUGUCUGAUCCUAGCUGCAUUGUCACUGCUCCUUGAGCUUUUGGCAGUAGAGGCACCUCCACUCACCCGUUCCACAUAAACACACUCACCAUUGACAAUCUGCGACUGCAACUCCAGCACUACAGCUCAAACUCCACUUUAGUGGGCUUCUGCAACAGGAUGAGUGCUUAUCUGUUUUUCCUCUGGUGGUUUUAAGUGCUUUUCUGAAAGUUUUUUCUCCCCGUCUCUCUCGGAACAAUUUUACUCAAAAUACUUUUUUUCCAACAUCUGCAGCUCAGAUGUGUGAAAUAUUACAGAUAUGUUUGCUUCAGCGCUCCAAAGCUACUGGACAAACAAGUGGGAUAUGGAGGUUUUGAAGGAUGACUGAAGGAAAGGUGACAAGGGAUCAUUGAUGCUGUUGUUCAAGAUUUGGAGAUACGGUAGUACAAAACACAAGCUGAAAUUAAUAAUCGUCAUGGUCUCUCAAUCAGUUUUAGAAAGAUCACAGGUCAUUAGACAUAUCUGAUGCCUUACUAUGUGUCUCUUUGCUGAUGCUCGCUUCUGAAAGACUGCAUGCCUUGAUUUGUGGCAUAUUUAAGUACUCAAAAAUGGCAACUCUGACCAACAGUACUGAAUCGAAUCUAACCUACAAUGGGACAAAACACAACAGCGAACUAGGUCUAGCGUUCAGCUCGUUAGUGUCGGUUGUCAUGGUGUUCAUCGUCACGACUAUUGUUGUGGGUAACCUUCUGGUCAUCAUCGCGAUAGCCCGCACCUCCCAGCUGCAGACCACGACGAACAUAUUCAUCAUGUCAUUGGCAUGCGCUGACCUCAUCAUGGGAGUGCUGGUGGUGCCACUGGGCGCCACGAUAGUUGUAACGGGCAGCUGGAAACUGAGUAAGACUUUGUGUGAGUUAUGGACUUCAGUUGAUGUGCUGUGUGUGACUGGUAGUAUAGAGACCCUUUGCGUUAUUGCGGUGGAUCGGUAUAUCGCAAUCACCAGUCCACUGCGGCACAAAGUGCUUCUGAAUAAGUCCAGGGCUCGAAUUAUUGUCUGCGUCGUGUGGGUGGUCUCUGCUCUAAUUUCCUUCGUCCCCAUUAUGAAAAAGGAAUGGCAAAAAAAUGACAGCAAAGCAGAAGCGUGCCUGAAAGACCCAGAGUGCUGUGAUUUUGUAACAAACAUGUACUACGCUAUCUCAUCUUCAGUCAUUUCAUUCUACGUCCCGCUACUCAUUAUGAUUUUCGUCUACGCCCGGGUCUUCCUCAUUGCCACCCGACAGGUACAGUUGAUUGACAAGAACCGUUUGAGGUUCCAAAACGAAUGCAUGGGCAAUCAGGUACAACCACCAAUCCAUGGCAACAACCACUUCCCUUCAAUGUGCAAUAACGUUGGAGGUUUGGCGUCAAGGCGGAAAAGUUCUCGCAGACGACUCUCGAAAUUAACUGUUGUCAAGGAGCACAAGGCCCUAAAAACACUGGGCAUCAUCAUGGGCAUCUUCACCCUAUGCUGGUUGCCUUUCUUUGUGGCAAACAUCAUCAACGUCUUCAAUCGAGACAUGCCACGUAAGGACAUUUUUCGAUUAUUAAACUGGUUAGGCUACAUCAACUCUGGUCUCAACCCAAUCAUCUACUGUCGAAGCCCAGAGUUCCGUGCGGCCUUCAAGCAUAUUCUUGGCUGUCCCUGGAUCCCAUCACUAAGAAUGAACUUCCUCUACAAGGAGCUUCGGACUCGAUGCCCUUGUUUUCUGGGGUCUGCAGAGCCAGGAUUGCCAGGAUCUUUCCAGAAGCCCCACACACCAGCAGGGACACUGCCUGGGGAGGGAAGUGUGGGGAGCAGCCAAAGCAGCUACAGGAGUGAGGAGUUGUCGCCGGGACCCCCGCACUCCAACGGCAGCAAAAACUUCAGCGAAUUUUCCGAACCCGAGACUGAAUUGGCUGUUUUUACACCCAAUGUGCGAUGUUGACUUUAUUUUGGCAACACUGAAAAUUCUAAGAGGACCAAAGGAGCAAAACUAUUUUAUUACUAAUGUCAAUAUAAAGUAGGUAAAUUCAAUUUCACUGAAUCAGUUCUAUGUCAGUAAGGUCAGUUUUCUCAAUAUCACAUGUAAGCUGGAUUUCAAACCUGCUGUAAUCAGGUGACCUAAAAUUCUGAAUGUGCUUGUGACAGCUUUUCUCAGGGGGAUGCAGCUCUGUGAGGAGUGUUUAGUGUGUCAAGGUUGAGCAGGGUAGUGUUGAAGUUGUCUCAGAUUGCAAAAAGAUUCAAGUUGUACAUUUCACUCAAAAAUGUAUAACUUAUUAUGGUAUGGCUCAAAGUGGAAUAAUAAAAAAUAAAAAGUUAGGUGAGGUUUGUAUAGAGAAAAACAAAUACAAGGCUGAAGCGCAUAAUCACUUGUGUUUACAACUGAAAGAUACAUCAGUGUGGUCGGAAACCAGCGUGCCUCUGAGGGCCAGUCAAACCUCACGGAGAUGAAGGUUUCUUUGAGAGCUAGAGGAACUUUUAAUAUUCUACAGCAAAACUGGCAUGCUGGAGAGUUUAUGCUUUGCUUUGGACAUUUUGGCAGGAUCUCCCAGAGCUUUAAAAAAAAAAAAAAAACAUUAUGACACAAAAUGUAUACUAUGUCAGAAGAAAUACAUGAGCAGUGUUUCAUGUGAAAAACAAACCAUGUGCUCUGUCCAUUUUCUAUUAAAUGCCCAAGAGAACUGACCACCUGAAGUCACAAACUUUGGAAGGACAUUUAAAUUAGUGAUAACAUUUAAAAACAUAUUUUUGAAAAAAAAAAAAAAAAAAAAAAAAAAAAAGGUCUUUUACAUUUCAAAAGUACUUCAUAGGUGGAAAAACUGAAGCUGCAUAUGAAAAAAUAUCCUCAAGUGUGUCACAAUAUUAGCCACAACACAAGAGGUUCUGUGCAUUAUAUUUUGAGUGUCACACUAACAAAUGCCCAAGAAUGACAUUCCAAAGAAUGAAAAUACAAUUUACAGAAAGAGCAAGAAAUUCUCCAAUCCAAAAAUUAAAAUGAAAAUGAUUUGACAAUAUAAGGUUGCAAUGUUUAGAACAAUUUCAAAUUAAGGUACUCUAUUACCUUAGUGAGCCUAUUUUCUGAGAUUUAAGAGAAGGCAUGUAAAGUUUAAUCAAAUGUUGUUUUAACCCCCACCCCAACACACACAGAUACAAAGUAAUAGCUGAAAUUACAAGCCCAUAAUUCUGCCGUUCUAGGCACAUCCGGACCAAAAUCAUAAUUGCACUAACAGUGCCCACAGGGACAUCCACACACAUGAAUACUGUUUUGGUUCAGAAUGCAUAUUUGCGUUUGUUUAACUUUACCUCAAAGUUUUUUGAAACGCUCUUCAUUUUCACUGCUGUCCUUCAGAUGUACAAUCUAAAUAGUGAACCUACAGUUAUGGGGUUUAAAAUGUGGUAGUUAUUUAAAUUAUACAAUGCUCAAGGGUAAUUAAAAUAAGAGGCCAGAGGCCAAUUGUGGUCAUGUUAUGGCAAUUAUUUUUCAUUUGUAUAAACUUCUGCAACACAGGAUCAAAAUCAUUUCAAAUAAUAAAUGAAUAUUUCCUAACAAAAAACACGUGAGAAUCAUUUUCAUUUUCAGCUUUGAAAUAAAAAUGUAAAGCAAAUUUCAAUGUAGCAUUUACAGUAUAUUUUAGUAAAAAAAGAAGAAUCUCUUAAAGGUUCAAAUGUUUUUACUCUGUAUAUAUAGUAGAGCCUUUUCAGGAAAGACAUUUCCUAGAAGGGGGACACACUUGACUAUCGUGGUACAAGGUUUACAGCAGCUGUUACGGGGGGCUGGGCGGGCAAGCCCUGGAGACAUUACCUACCCACAAUGAGGUGGAAACAAUGUGCAAACAUACGUGAAUAACAUUCACACAGUCGUGUACACCAGACACCAGGGGAGACAACAAAUAAUGUAUUGAGCUUUGGAGAAAUCAAAUGGAGAUAUUCAAUGACAAUGACAUCCUACUUUCAUACAAACAACUACAUGCUUUUUAAGAUAAUUAUACACUUCAAUGUUUCAAUACAUACACUUUGUUCCAUUCACUGUGUGUCGCUGAUUUAAACAAUUAAAUCAAACAAGCCCAUUUAAUUGUAACACUUUCACCUAACAAUACUGCUAACAUCUUAUAUCCAGUUCUGAGAAAAGGUCUAGUAUCAUUUGUCUGCAGAUUAUAUUUUGUUUAUAUUAGGCAAUGAUAUUUAUACAUCUUAGUGUGGCUUAAGUGUCCAAAACUAUCCAAAUACAGUGCUUUUGGGUACACUGUAUAUUUAAACUAUUGCGUGAGUCUUAAUUGAUGUCAGUGUGUCUGACGGCGUAAAAACGGACAAGCUGCUUGAACUCAGUUUAAAAUUUUUCCUCAAAUGCCUUUUCAUUUUUUGCAAAUGCUAAAGCAAUUGCUUAAAGUUGGUUUAUUAUUUAAUCACUCUUUACCUGUAAUCAAUGUAGAUAAAAGCCUGAAGUCAAUCUACAUGAACCAGAUGUAAUAUCUUGUAUUUUUGAAUGGGUUAGUUAAUUUUGUUUUACAAUACAAAGCUAAACUUUCUAUUGAGGACACAAACUAUGAGUUGCUGAAACUACAACAGACUUAAUGUGAGGGAAAGAAAAUGUUCUAGAGACCAACAGGAAUGAAA